AUGAUCUACAACUCGUUGACGGAGGCUCCUCACAACCUCAAGGAGGGUAUUGACUGGCUGUUGGCCCUGAGGGGAACCAAUGCUGCAAGCAAUUUGAAGGCUAUUGGCACCGCACUGUACAACUUCCUUGCGGACAAGCCUGUCGGCUAUGCGGAGUUCCCAGCUCUCGAAAGUGUUAAACGUAUUUCUCAGAAAUUCCUGGAGAAACCGGAGCUUAAGGGCCAGCCAUUCGUAGGAGACCUACUGAAACAAUACACUACAACCUUGAGAAGAAGACUAAAAUUGAAGGAUUUGAAAUCGAAGGGUGUCGAGGAAAGCGAUUAUUUGAACGUUUUAGAGACCCGGGGUGUCAAACCCAAAGACAUCGCAAAAAACGUAGGUGAGGUUGUGAGUGGUUGUGAGGUCUUAUUGAACGAUAUAACAAAGCCUUCACGGUAUACGUCUGCAUACAGUUUGGAAGCGACAUGGGAGAAGUCAUGCGCGCCAGACCCGGAGGCUUGCGCUCAGGUCCUCGUGGGAAUCGCGCCUAUGUUAUACGCCGGCCUACGGUCUUUGAGGGCUGCGGGCAAUGUUUCAACCUGGAAUUGGUCAUUGACAGAUAAGUCGGAGCGUGUGGAUGUAGUAAUGAAAGCUCUGGGUUAUUCAGAGUCGGAAUGCCGCAAUAACUUGAGUGGGCCGGAUAUAAGCAAUGCGUUAAGAAGUGUGAAUUAUAGAGUCUUGAGCACACUCUAUGACAUCGCUGGAUUUUGGGCUUUCUAUGGUUGUGAUCAUGAAGUGGAUGUGGAGGUUGAUGCGCAUGUAGAACCUGGAGACGUAAAAUCAGACGACACUGCGGGAACUGCAGGUAAGGGUAUCAUGGAAUUGGCCGACUCUGAUGAAAUUGAGGAAACUCCAGUUAGGGGUAUCAUGGAUUUGGCUGACGCCGACGAAAUCGAGGAGAUUGAAGAACCUGCAAGAACUGGUAAAUCUACUAAACCCGGCAAAGUCGGUAAAUCUGAAGACACCGGCAAAUCUGGUAAACCCGGCAAAGUCGGUAAAUCUGGUAAACGUCGUAAAUCUGAAAAAUCUAGUGAACACCGUAAAUCUGAUAAAUCUGGUAAACCUCGUAGAGCGGAUAUUGAAGAGCCAUCUACGAAACCUGCAAGAACUCGUAGAUCUGGUGUUGAAGAGCCAUCUACGAAACCUGCAAGAACUCGUAGAUCUGGUGUUGAAGAACCAUCUACGAAGCCUGCAAGAACUCGUAGAUCUGGUGUUGAAGAACCAUCUACGAAGCCUGCAAGAACUCGUAGAUCUGGUGUUGAAGAACCAUCUACGAAGCCUGCAAGAACUCGUAGAUCUGGUAUGGAUUCACCAACUAAACGUCGCUCACGGUCUAGAGUUGACUCACCUGCUGAGAGACGUCCGAGGUCUAGAGCUGAUUCACCUGCUAAGAGGCGCACGUGGUCAGGAGUUGACUCACCAGCUAGAAGGCGCCCAAGAUCUGCUGUGGAUGCUGCAAUCAAACGUCGCUCACGGUCUAGAGUUGACUCACCUGCUGAGAGACGUCCGAGGUCUAGAGCUGAUUCACCUGCUAAGAGGCGCACGUGGUCAGGAGUUGACUCACCAGCUAGAAGGCGCCCAAGAUCUGCUGUGGAUGCUGCAAUCAAACGUCGCUCACGGUCUAGAGUUGACUCACCUGCUGAGAGACGUCCGAGGUCUAGAGCUGAUUCACCUGCUAAGAGGCGCACGUGGUCAGGAGUUGACUCACCAGCUAGAAGGCGCCCAAGAUCUGCUGUGGAUGCUGCAAUCAAACGUCGCUCACGGUCUAGAGUUGACUCACCUGCUGAGAGACGUCCGAGGACUAGAGCUGAUUCACCUACUAAGAGGCGCACGUGGUCAGGAGUUGACUCACCAGCUAGAAGGCGUCCGAGGUCUGGUGUUGACUCACCAGCUGGAAGACGUCCGAGGUCUGGAGUUGAUUCACCAGCUAGAAGGCGUCCCAGGUCAGGUGUUGACGCGCCUGCUAAGAGGCGUCCGAGGUCUGCUGUGGAUGCUGCAAUCAAACGCCGUACAAGGUCUGCAGUUGAUUCACCGGCUAGAAGGCGUCCAAGAUCAGGAGUUGAUUCACCGGCUAGAAGGCGUCCCAGGUCAGGUGUUGACGCGCCUGCUAAGAGGCGUCCGAGAUCAGGAGUUGACUCACCAGCUGGAAGGCGUCCCAGGUCAGGUGUUGACGCGCCUGCUAAGAGGCGUCCGAGGUCUGCUGUGGAUGCUGCAAUCAAACGCCGUACAAGGUCUGCAGUUGAUUCACCGGCUAGAAGGCGUCCACGAUCAGGAGUUGAUUCACCGGCUAGAAGGCAUCCCAGGUCUGGAGUUGAUUCACCUGCUGGAAGACGUCCAAGAUCAGGUGUUGACUCACCAGCUGGAAGGCGUCCAAGAUCAGGAGAUGACUCACCAGCUGGAAGGCGUCCCAGGUCAGGUGUUGACGCGCCUGCUAAGAGGCGUCCGAGGUCUGCUGUGGAUGCUGCAAUCAAACGCCGUACAAGGUCUGCAGUUGAUUCACCGGCUAGAAGGCGUCCACGAUCAGGAGUUGAUUCACCGGCUAGAAGGCACCCCAGGUCUGGAGUUGAUUCACCUGCUGGAAGACGUCCGAGGUCUGGAGUUGAUUCACCUGCUGGAAGACGUCCAAGAUCAGGUGCUGACUCACCAGCUGGAAGGCGUCCAAGAUCAGGAGUUGACUCACCAGCUGGAAGGCGUCCCAGGUCAGGUGUUGACGCGCCUGCUAAGAGGCGUCCGAGGUCUGCUGUGGAUGCUGCAAUCAAACGCCGUACAAGGUCUGCAGUUGAUUCACCGGCUAGGAGACGUCCGAGGUCCGGAGUUGAUUCACCUGCUGGAAGACGUCCGAGGUCUGCAGUUGAUUCACCGGCUAGGAGACGUCCGAGGUCCGGAGUUGACGCGCCUGCUAAGAGGCGUCCGAGGUCUGGAGUUGAUUCACCUGCUGGAAGACGUCCGAGGUCAGGAGUUGAUUCACCUGCUAGAAGGCGUCCCAGGUCAGGUGUUGACGCGCCUGCUAAGAGGCGUCCGAGGUCUGGAGUUGAUUCACCUGCUGGAAGACGUCCGAGGUCUGGAGUGGAUUCACCUGCUGGAAGACGUCCGAGGUCUGGAGUUGAUUCACCGGCUAGAAGGCGUCCCAGGUCUGGAGUUGAUUCACCGUCUAGAAGGCGUCCCAGGUCUGGAGUUGAUUCACCGUCUAGAAGGCGUCCCAGGUCUGGAGUUGAUUCACCUGCUGGAAGACGUCCGAGGUCUGGAGUUGAUUCACCUGCUGGAAGACGUCCGAGGUCAGGAGUUGAUUCACCUGCUGGAAGACUUCCCAGGUCUGGAGUUGACUCCCCGGCUAAGAGCCGUUCCAGGUCAGGAGUUGAUUCACCUGCUGGAAGACGUCCGAGGUCUGGAGUUGAUUCACCUGCUGGAAGACGUCCGAGGUCAGGAGUUGAUUCACCUGCUGGAAGACUUCCCAGGUCUGGAGUUGACUCCCCGGCUAAGAGCCGUUCCAGGUCAGGAGUUGAUUCACCUGCUGGAAGACGUCCGAGGUCUGGAGUUGAUUCACCUGCUAAGAGGCGUCCGAGGUCUGCUGUGGAUGCUGCAAUCAAACGCCGUACAAGGUCUGGAGUUGAUUCACCGGCUAGAAGGCGUCCAAGAUCAGGAGUUGAUUCACCGGCUAGAAGGCGUCCCAGGUCAGGUGUUGACGCGCCUGCUAAGAGGCGUCCGAGGUCUGCUGUGGAUGCCGCAAUCAAACGCCGUACAAGGUCUGCAGUUGAUUCACCGGCUAGAAGGCGUCCCAGGUCAGGUGUUGACGUGCCUGCUAAGAGGCGUCCGAGAUCAGGAGUUGACUCACCAGCUGGAAGGCGUCCCAGGUCAGGAGUUGAUAAACCGCCAAGUAAAUCGUUACUGCCUGGAAAGUCUGCCAAAUCUAGACGUACGACCAAACAUUCGAAAUCGGAUACUGAUUUAUCGUCGAAGGAUGUUUCAGCACCUGGAAAGUUUGAUAAAGAUGAUGAAUUUUGUACAUGUGAAGAAUCUUCACAUGCUGUCAAAACUAGUUGGUCGGUUAAAGAUGAUGAAUUUUGUACAUGUGAAGGAACUGCCGGAGUAUCAAAACCUGCUACAGUUGGUAGCUCUGAACAGUCUGUGAAACCGGUUGUUAUGGAGAAAUCUGGUAAUGGUGAAGGAACUGCCGGAGUAUCAAAACCUGCUACAGUUGGUAGCUCUGAACAGUCUGUGAAACCGGUUGUUAUGGAGAAAUCUGGUAAAGGUGAAGAAAUUGCCGGAGUAUCAAAACCUGCUACAGUUGGUAGCUCUGAACAGUCUGUGAAACCGGUUGUUAUGGAGAAAUCUGGUAAAGGUGAAGAAAUUGCCCAGCCUAUAAAGCAAAGGUCGGUAAAAGAUGAUGAAUUUUGUACAUGUGAAGAAUCUUCGCAUAGUGUAAAACAUGACAAGUCAGUUAAAGAAGAUGACUUUUGUACAUGUGAAGACCAUUCCGAACCAUCGAAACCUACUGAAGCUGCUAAAGGUGAUCCGGCUGUGAAGCCUACAAAGGGUGGUAAACCUGCUGAAGCUGCUAAAGGUGAUCCGGCUGUGAAGCCUACAAAGGGUGGUAAACCUACUGAAGCUGCUAAAGGUGAUCCGGCUGUGAAGCCUACAAAGGGUGGUAAACCUGCUGAAGCUGCUAAAGGUGAUCCGGCUGUGAAGCCCACAAAGGGUGGUAAACCUACUGAAGCUGCUAAAGGUGAUCCGGCUGUGAAGCCCACAAAGGGUUGUAAACCUGCUGAAGCUGCUAAAGGUGAUCCGGCUGUGAAGCCCACAAAGGGUGGUAAACCUACUGAAGCUGCUAAAGGUGAUCCGGCUGUGAAGCCUACAAAGGGUGGUAAACCUGCUGAAGCUGCUAAAGGUGAUCCGGCUGUGAAGCCUACAAAGGGUGGUAAACCUGCUGAAGCUGCUAAAGGUGAUCCGGCUGUGAAGCCUACAAAGGGUGGUAAACCUACUGAAGCUGCUAAAGGUGAUCCGGCUGUGAAGCCUACAAAGGGUGGUAAACCUGCUGAAGCUGCUAAAGGUGAUCCGGCUGUGAAGCCCACAAAGGGUGGUAAACCUACUGAAGCUGCUAAAGGUGAUCCGGCUGUGAAGCCUACAAAGGGUGGUAAACCUACUGAAGCUGCUAAAGGUGCACCGGCUGUGAAGCCUUCUAAACCUAAAAAGUCUGGCACGCAUGAAAAUGCAGAGAAGACUGUGAAAUCGUCAAUAGCAUUUAAAAAGUAA